UUCAAUGCAAACUAUUGACGUUUUUGAGUUGGAGUUACAUACUAUAUAAAGCAAUCGCUUGUCGCCUCAAGACAAUUUGAAAUUAUACGUCGAUCUAAAAGCAAAAGAUGAAAAUUGGAGUUGUCAUUUUGUUUAUCUUUGUUGGAUCAAUUCUUCUGAAUACAGGGAAUACGUAUCCGUGUUUUUUUUCAUGUAGGAGACAAAACCGAACAUUCACAAGCUUAAGUGAUGGAAUGACUACGAGUUUCAGCACUGGAGAUCCAUCGGUUUUUACAUCCACGAAGGAGAAUAUCACCUUAUCCUUUGAAUGCUAUGAACGAUCUGGUCCAUUUAUGAUAAUACGUCGUCUUAUGGAUGGCAAAUAUAUGUACAGAUGUGAAAAAGAUACAGCCUUCGAAACAUCAAACGACGUCGUUGUUUGGUAUGCUACUGAAUGGGAAUAUUUUCCUGAACCACCUUCGAUAUGUGAAGUUUGUAAUGGUACUGGAUUUGGAAAAGUUCAUGUUGUUAAAGCCUGUAAAGUUGUUAUACCGGAUGGUACAUUCAUAUAG